CCGCGGGCAAACUUCUCUGGAGGAGUAAGUGCCGCCAACAGUGCCACUGCUCCCAGGCGGUGGGAGCCCAGAGCGAGAGUGUCUCCUUUAUCCCAUCUUGCUGCGCGCUGACUCGGUGAGUCAAUCUGCGCUGUCUCAUGACACAGGCUGUAUUACCCACAUUUUUAAUGCAGUGUGCAGAGAGAAUUACUUUGCUCAAGGCGACACACGCACAGCCCACAAGUGGCAGAAUCCCCCGCCUCCUCUCGGACAGCGAGCGGGGACCCCAGGUCCGGGCUGCACGCCCCGCAGCUGGACUAUUCAGCAACUUUCCUUCUGAUAGGUGGCCGCGGCCAUCGCUGCCACCCAGUGCCCCCACUGGGAGGCUUGGUGGCCCCCACAGCCUGAGAGCCGGAGCUGGCACCAAAGACAACGGCGGGAGACACGUGAGACCCACAGCCCGGACCGCCGGGUCUGCGCCGGAGCUGGCCACUGCUAGAGCACAGAGGGAGCGCGGAAAAGCACAGGAUUGAAUUGCAGAGUCGACUGUUGAUGGCACGUACUCUUGGAGGAUGCUCUUUGGAACUUGUUUUUUUAACCAUGUGGCUGUUGAUUAAAGCACACGUUGAUGUGUGCACGAAAGGAGAUGUUACUGUGAAGCCCUCUGAUAUAAUUUCACAUGGAUCAACUGUCAAUAUUUCAUGUUCCUUGAAACCCAAACAAGAUUGUUUACCCUCUUCCAGAUUGAACACAUUGGUCCUCUACAAGAUAGACAAAAAGAUUGGUCACUACCCAGGUCGCUCCAUCAGUAUUCAAGUCUCAGAUCUUUCCCUUGGUUCAACCUUGUUUCGCUGCAGACUUGCCUGUGGGAGAAGUUAUGAGACUCCAGUAUGUGGGGCAGAGAUCCUUGUUGGUGUUGCUCCAGAGCGGCCUCAAAACUUAACUUGUACACAGAAGGGAGAACAUGGGACUGUGGCCUGUACCUGGGAGAAAGGACAAGAGACUUACAUAUAUACUAAGUUCACUUUACAGUUAAAUGGACCAAAAAAUUUAACACAGAAGAAGCACUGCAGUAAUUGUAAUUGUUUGGACCUUGGAAUCAGGUUAUCCCCCGAGUUAUCUGAAUCCAGUUUCAUGGCCACAGUUACUGCCACCAACAGUCUUGGAAGUUCUUCUUCAUUUCCAUCUACAUUCACAUUUCUGGACAUAGUGAGGCCUCUUCCUCCAUGGGACAUCAGAAUCAAAUGUUCAAAUGCUUUGGGGAGCAGAUGUACCCUUCGAUGGAGAGAUGAGGGGUGGGUGCUACUCAGUCGUCUCAGAUAUCGGCCCAGUAACAGCAAGUCCUGGAAUAUGGUUAAUGUCACAAAUGCCAGAGGAAGACAUGACUUGCUGGAUCUGAAACCACUUACAGAAUAUGAAUUUCAGAUUUCCUCCAAGCUACAUCUUUUUAAAGGAAGCUGGAGUGAUUGGAGCCAAUCACAGACAGCGCACACACCUGAGGGAGAAGAACCUACUGGGACCUUAGAUGUCUGGUACAUGAAACAGGCCGUGGACUUCGAUAGACAACAAAUUUCUCUUUUCUGGAAGAAUCUGAGUGUAUCAGAGACAAGAGGGAAAAUCCUUCACUAUCAGGUGACUUUGCAAGAAGUGACAGGGAAGAAAAUCACACUACAGAACAUCACAGGACACAACUUCUGGACCUGGGUUAUUCCCAGAACUGGGAUUUGGACUGUAGCUGUGUCUGCAGCCAAUUCAAAAGGCAGUUCCCUGCCCACUCGCAUUAAUAUAACAGACCUGUGUGGCUCAGGAUUGCUGGCUCCUCACCAGGUCUCUGCAUAUUCGGAGGAUGUGGGUGGCAUUGUGGUGACCUGGCAGGCCCCCGAGAAAGCUGCCUCAGCGGUUCAGCAGUACGUGGUGGAAUGGAGGGCGCUCCAUCUCGUGGGGAGCACACAACCUCCUCCAAGCUGGCUGUGGGUGCCCCCCUACAAUAUGUCAGCUCUGAUUUCAGAGAAUAUAAAGCCCUACGUCUGUUAUGAGAUCCGAGUACAUGCCCUGUCCAGGGAUCAAGGAGGAUGCAGCUCCAUCUGGGGUAGCUCCAAGUACAAAGCACCACUGAAAGGCCCCCACAUCAAUGCCAUCGUGGAGGAAAAGGGAAGCAUCUUAAUUUCAUGGAACCAUAUUCCAGUCCAGGAGCAAAUGGGCUGCAUCCUCCACUACAGGAUAUACUGGAAGGAGAGGGACUCAAGCUCCCAGCCAGGGCUCUGUGAAAUUCCUUAUAGCCUCUCUCAAAAUUCAUAUCUAAUAAACAGCCUGCAGCCCAGAGUGACAUACAUCCUGUGGAUGACAGCUCUGACGGCAGCUGGUGAAAGUCCCCAGGGAAAUGAAAGGGAAUUUUCUCCACAAGGUAAAGCCAGUUGGAACAUGUUUAUGACGCCAAGCAUUUGCAUUGCCAUCAUCAUGGUGGGUGUUUUCUCAUUACGGUACUUCCGGCAAAAGGCAUUUGUUCUCCUUUCAUUACUCAGACCUCAAUGGUGUAGCAGAGACAUUCCAGACCCAGCAAACAGCACUUGGGCCAAGAAAUAUCCCAUCAUGGAGGAGAAGACACAGCUGCCCUUGGACAAGCUCCAGAUAUCCUGGUCCACUCCUGAAGAGCCUGAGCCGCUGGUCAUCAAUGAAGUUCUCCAUCAAAUGACUCCAGUCUUCAGACAUCCCCAUUGCCUCAAGUGGCCAGUAAGGGGACAAGGAGUCCAAGGUUACUUUACGUCUAAGGAAGACACAGUGUACAGUGCCUCCAGCCCUUUAUCUUCCAGAGCUCUCAAAGCUGAGACAAGACAGCUAGUGGAUCUGUAUAAGGUGCUGGAGAGCAAGGACACUGGCUCAAAGGCAGGAAAAAUAACCAGCCCUUUGACAGUUCUCCCAGGGGACUACCUUCCCAGCCAUGAGGGCUACUUACCCUCCAACAUUGAUGAUCUCCCUUCACAUGAGGUUCCUCUCGCUGACCAAUUGGAAGAACUGGAGCCUCAGCACAUCUCACUUUCUGUUUUCAUGUCAAGUUCCCUUCACCCACUCAACUUCUCCUGUGGUGAAAAGCUGACUCUAGAUCAGUUAAAGAUGGGGUGUGACUCCCUCAUUCUCUAAAUGGUCAGGCUCCAAGCCUGAAAAGUCUGUGUCCUCAAUCAGCAUAGCAUGCCCCAUUUACCCAGCCCUUACUCCAGUUGUCAUAAUCCUUGGUAGCAUCAGUUCUGGCUGCAGCUAGAGGGUGGUCCUGCCAGCUUUCUUCAAAGCCUAAAGGUUACAUGUGGACCUAGAAUUCCAGACCUGAGUUCCUGACAACUGUCUUGGCUAUGCUAAUAAGAAAGGGAAAAGGGGGAAAGGAGUAGAAACCAAACUCUCAGUAGUAAUUUGAGUCCAAAGGAUCAUUCAAGCACCUACUAUUUAUAAAACACCACCAGGCUUUAUCCUCUAUAUCAGUUGGAAAUUUUUUUUUGCCAACACUGUCCAAUACAGUAUACACUAGCUACGUUGACUGUUAACCACCUGAAGUGUCUAGUGUGACUCAAGAAUUGAUUUUUUGGGGGGGAGGGGGUGCUGAGGAUUGAACCCAGGACUUUGUGCAUGCAAGGCAAGCACUCUACCAACUAAGCUAUAUCCCCAGCCCAAGAACUGAAUUUUGAUUAUAAUCAAACUACUAUAUGUGGCUAGUGGCUACUGCAUUGGAUAGUACAACUCUAGAUGGUGAAUACACUAAUGAGUAUUUUAAGGAGCCUUCAAAACAAGUCAACAUAGUUUUAUAGAUGCUGACACAAAAAAUACCGGUAAACACCAAUAUAAAAGGGCCUCCAAAAUGUUCACAACUAUCAAUUAUUCCUACUUUUCCUAGUUCUGCUUGUUUCAUUUUACCUGUGCCUUUUCAGUGAAAUCAAGGCAGAAUGGUGUAGAGCUACUUAAACCCACCAUGGGACCUUAGGUAAGCCAGCCUCUGGAUCUCUUGUAAAGGGCUUUGACCCCUAGUUUCCUCUUCUUUUUGCUGCAGCAAGUACUGCCUUCAGGACCAGGGCUAUCUCUGGGACUAAGACCUCAACCCCAAGUGUUGCACUUUGAACCUUUUCCGAAAGUACAGCAGAAAAGUCCAUGAACCUUUUUAUUAAAUCCCCAACAAGCCUGAGCGAAAGCUUUACCCACUCCCAAUGACUAACACUGGAGCUGAGGGAGCUUCUUAUAAUCAAUUCAUUUGUUCAACUCAUUUCUUCUCACAAGGUUCUAUUCUUUUAAGUCACCUGAUACAGUUGUUUCCUGUCCCAGUACCACUACAAAGGCUUAUUUCCCUCUUUCUAGCCUACAGAACUCAUGGAUGUUUAAAUUAAACAUCUUUAUUAUUAAAGGCUAAUGGGUGAACCUUUAUGAAUCAAACACACUCUCAAACAGAAAGUUCUUCUCUUCUAAAAAAAAGAUAAGCAAUUUUACCAACUGACCAACUGAUGGAUCUUUACGACUUUUACCAGAAUGUUUCCAAUAGAUUAAAAUUAAAACCUUAUGAAACACAAUGUUUGCCAAAAGAGCUUCCUUAUUAAUAAAGCACUCAUAUGGAUUAAGAGAAAUGCUAACACUUUAAAGAAAAACUGGACUAUGAGUAGGCAAACCAUAAAGUACAUAUUAAUACCCAAUAAACAUGAAAAAGUCACCCUGAAUCAAAGAAAUGCAAAUUAAAUAUUAUUAAAUGAUAUUUCACACUUAUCAGAUUAGCAAAGAUUACUUUAAAAAUUAGCCAGGUAUUAAUCAGAGAAACUGGUGUGUUAGCAGUUUUCUGGAGGGCAGCUGGGCAAUAUUCAAUACAAUUUGAACAAACAGCUGGGCAUGGUGAUGCACGUUUGUAAUCCCAGCUACUCUGGAGCUGAGAAAGGCCAGCCUAAGCAAUUUAGGGAGAUCCUAUAUCAAAAUAAAAUUGAAAAGGACUAGAGAUAGAGCUUGGUGGCAAACACUUGCCUGACAUGUGCAAGAAGACCCUGGGCUCAAUCUUUAAAACCAUUAAAAAAAAAUUGAAAUAGAAUAUGUAACUUUAUUCCUAUCAACGUAGCCUAGAGAACAGUAUAAAUAUCCUAAUGUGAAUGCAGGAUUCCUCAAUAGCAUUGAUGAAAAUAGGUGUGAGCCUCAAUCACCCUUUGGUAAGAAUCAGAUUCCACUAGUUUUGACACUCCGUUACUUUAAAGUCUAUGUAAAACAAAAAUGCUAAUUAAACUGUAAUAUGGCAUUAUUUUCAAAGAUACUUUCUUUUUGGUGGAGGGGCAGUGCUGGAGAUCUAACCCAGGACAUCCUGCAUGCAUGCAAGUGCUCUACCACUGAGCUAUAUCCCCAACCCUCCUUUUUUUAAAUUUUUGAGAAAGGGAUUCAACCUAAAUCACCCAGGCUGGCCUGGAACUUGUGAUCCUUCCUCAACUUCUGGAGUAGCUGGGAUCAGAGGCUUGGGGGGGGGGUGUUUACCACACCCAACCAUUAAACCAUUUAUUUAGUUUAAAAAAAAAAAGAAUCAAGACUACAUUUGACUCAAUUUUGUGGCUUGGGAAUUGUUGAAAUGCAAAUAAACAUCUUUCUUUUAUGCUAAUUGGCUCCAUACUUUGCUAGUAGUCACUUUUUAUUUACAAAUGUCAAAAUGUUCUAAAGUAGGUUCUUCUCAGACUUCAAUCAAAUCUCUAAAAAAUCUAUUAUGAGCUGCCAGUCCUUUUGAGUCAAUUCAGGUCAAUUUUUGCACUUGGGAUUAAAGCCAGGGGCACUACUCUACCACUCAGCUACAUCCCUAGCCCAUUUUUAUACCUUUUUUUGAGAUGGGGUCUUGCUGUUACAGAGGCUGACCUUGAAUUUAUCAACCUCCUGCCUCAACCCCAGAAUGGCUGGGAUUUACAGGUGUGUACCACUGUGCUGGCUUCAGGCCACUUCUCAACUUUCCCAACUUCAAGGAACUCUAUAUGCUUGUCAGGUGAGAUUCAAAAUACCUUCACUUUCUAAUGCUAGGCAUUUUGCCACCUAUUAGGUAAUAGGAACCAAGGAAACAUUAUAAAGGGAAUUACAAGAUCCUCCAAGAAUAAACUUUCUCAAGGACCCAGAAAUUUCACUGGAAAAGCUUAAAACAUCCACAAUCCUAACAUUUGCAUAAUUGGAAGAAAAUUAUCAAAACUCACUUAUUAAAAUCCCAACUCACUUGUUAUCUAAUGUAAUCAUCACUUUACCAAGUUAGUAUAUACUGUACCUCCCUGCACAUUAGCACCAAGAAGUGAACUUCAUAACCUAAAGAUAUUUUCUUGUGGCCCAAACUGAGGAUCAAUCAAGGAGACUCCCUUUCCCACCUCCCAUCUCUCAAGGUAAAAAUAGGAAUUCCCAAAAUUUCAUUUAGAAACAGAAAUCUUACUUUAUUUAUUCCAUCACAAAAGGGAGCAAAAGACCAUCUGCCUUCUUUUCACAACACUGUGGAAAACACUUGUUUCCUAAGUUAUUCUCAACCCCAUACUAUAAUUCAAUUUGAUCAGAUUCUGUCCAAUCCUUGUAAACAGAGCCAACUCCCACCCUCUGUGAUCUAUGGCAGGGUAACUUACAAGAAGCUGUGCACAGCUUUUUAAAAUAUUAUAUCCACUUUUUACUUGCUUGUAAUAGAGGAAAAAUAAUUAGCAAGGAUGUUUAGUAAGUCAUUCCUCCAGCUAGAGGGAGUCUUCAUUUCAAAGUUUUCUCUAAAAAUCUGAGGUUACUUUUAAAGUUUAACAACCCUAGAUUGAUAAACCUGAAAAAGGAAACAUCCCCAAUGCCCUAUAAGGGACAUACUAAUUAUGUUCUUCAAUCAACAGGUUAUUGGCAAUUUUCCCUUAAUAAACGUUUUUUCUUGAAGAGAA